GCACACUCCAUCUUCUUCAGAAAGCAUUUCCUUCUUUCCCUCUUCUCAGUUGCACACUAUCACGAAAGCCUCUUCUUUCUAACACUGUCCAUUGUUCUAUUCUCUCGCAAAAAAAAAAAAAAAAAAAAUUCUCUUGUUUCUUCUUCUCUGACAUAACAAUGUUGCAAGAAAUGUGGAACGCUCCUCCAGGUUUCAGACCCUCCAAAUCUGCACCUUCUUCUCCGGCAAAGCCUCUUUCCAGAACUCGCUCGGAAUCCUUCCACGUCACUCACAAGGUCCCUGUUGGUGACACUCCUUAUGUCAGAGCCAAAAACGUUCAGUUGGUGGAGAAGGACCCUGAGAGAGCGAUUCCACUGUUUUGGGCAGCCAUUAAUGCGGGAGAUAGGGUGGAUAGUGCUUUGAAAGAUAUGGCCAUUGUCAUGAAGCAGCAAAAUCGGGCUGAAGAAGCUAUUGAAGCCAUUAAAUCUCUAAGAAGUAGAUGUUCAGAUCAGGCCCAAGAAUCCCUUGAUAAUAUCCUCUUGGAUCUUUAUAAGAGAUGUGGGAGACUUGAUGACCAAAUUGGUCUAUUGAAGCACAAGUUGUACUUGAUUCAACAAGGUUUGGCUUUCAAUGGCAAGCGCACAAAGACUGCCAGAUCUCAAGGGAAGAAGUUUCAAGUCUCUGUAGAGCAAGAAGCCACUAGAUUGCUGGGAAACUUGGGAUGGGCACUGAUGCAGCAGAACAACUACAUUGAAGCAGAAGAGGCCUAUCGCCGCGCCCUUUCAAUUGGUCCAGACAACAACAAAAUGUGCAAUCUUGGCAUAUGCUUGAUGAAACAAGGUAGAAUUGGUGAGGCAAAAGAGACACUGUACCGUGUGAAGCCUGCAGUAGUGGAUGGCCCUAGAGGCUCAGACUCUCAUCUAAAAGCCUAUGAAAGGGCACAGCAAAUGCUGAAAGACCUUGAGUCUGAGAUGAUGAACAAGGGAGUAGAUAGGCUUGAACAAAGCAGACUCUUUGAGGCCUUUUUGGGUUCUUCAUCAAUCUGGCAACCCCAGCCUUGUAAGGACCACCACACAACAACAAAUUCAGCCAAAAUCACCCUUGAUGAGUACGCAGAUGAGAACACCAAUUCCAACAUCAUGACAUCAAAUCACACAGCAUUGCCACCUCCUAAAGGUGGUGGUAUCAACAAACAUGUUGUUGCCAAUGCCCCCAUUUUGGGGAACUCACUCAAUGUUGCAGCUCCACCAUUCUAUGCAUCAAAAUCUAUGUUACCAGUUGAGAACCAGUUCUCUGAGACCCUCAAGAGAACAAGGUCUGGAAAUGCUGCAGGGUCCAUGAGAGUAGUGAGUGAUAUGAAAGACACUACAAACAAGUUGCAUGUGGAGCUAGAAGUGCCUGUGCCUGAGAACAAAACAAGGAGGCUCUCAUCAGAUGAUGCUGAGAAGAACAAGUUAACAGACUUGUUACCUGAUGAUGAUGACUUUGAAGAGGCUAUUCUUGCUGCAAUUUUGGGACCUCCAAGUGAAUCAGAUAAAGCUAAUGACACCACAAAGACUUCCCAGAGGAAAACAACUGAUAAGAGGCUCAAGGUUUUUCAGGAUAUCACCUUGUCUCUGAGUCCAAGGGCAUGAAGUGGACCAAUUUAAGCUAAUAAUAAUAAAAUGAAUUAUGAAUAACAUAGUUUUAGGUUGGAGAUGAACUUGCUCUCCAUUUGUUUAACUUCAUUUUCAGUAGAGGGAACAAGUAUGCUAUAUGCUGCUUAUGGAUAGGAAUAGCUGCAUACUUGGUGGCAUGACAUUAGUUCCCACUUAUUUGUCAUAUUUUUUAUUAUCCGUUGAUUUGUUAUUGUCUUGUAAACAAGGCACAUCAUUGACUUAAUAAAUUGAUCAGUUUAUGGUGAA